AUGGCUCCCAAGGGAAUGGCUACCACCACCGAUCUCACCAAGUGUCGCCCCCCUGGCGAUGCGAUCGUGACGCCUUCUGAAGCUCAGUGCCCCGUUAAAGCCCCCAAGGUGUGUGCUAGUGACGGGAGAAACUACCCCUGUGCUGACGUGGCACCCAAGGGGCUGCUGACGACGACAGACCUAUCAGCUUGCCAGGCACCUGCCACGUGUCCCUGGUCCACGUCAGCAUACAGCAAAUCCAGCCUGGCCCUCUUGGCCAAUGCAUGCAGCACCCUCGCUCCCUCCUCUUCCUCCUCCACACCUCUUCCCAUUACCCCUUCUCUGAUUGGCUGCUGUGCUGCCACGUCAGCAAUCCUCCAAUCUACUGCCAUUGCCACGGCAAAGGCUAAAUCGCCGAGGGUAAAUACCCCUGCAGUUUACGAUGCCCGUGCCGGGCAGUGCAUGAAGGAUUUUGUACCCUAUUUACAAUCACCAAAAGCGGCGUUCGCAGCAGCUACGGCAGCAGCAGCAGCUGCACUUUCUAAGUUUAAUCCAGUGCUACAGUGCGGGCGGCUGGGGCUUGGGGCGACGCAAUUCGGACUGGAGGGAGGCAAGGGGGCAUGCCGAGGGAUUACCACAGAGGCCCAGCUCCUAUCCGCGUUAAAGGCCUCCCCAGUAUGGUGGGUGAGCAGCUACAUGCAAAAGGACUGCAGCAGCACCACCGGCAGCACUGGUCGUUGCCUGGACUGUGCCAAGCAAGUCUUCACCCUCUUUGAUGCGCUUAUUCGCCCUGGGGACUCAGUGCCUCAGAAGCAGCGCUGCUGGGCUUUAAUCUCCUACUAUGCGGCGUCUUCACUCGGCAACUCCACCAGUCAAAGCAACGGCAUCGCCCUUUGCCUGCAUAAGAACGCUCCUAACUCCCUCCUACCUACCGGGACCACUAUCAAGGCAGCUACUAUUAAGCCUGCCGCUACUAUUAGGCCUCCGAGUCUGCCUCCUGUGAAGCCUACUAUUAAGAUAGCUCUCGGCGAUGCUGAUUUUCAGCCAAUAGGAGACACCCUUCCACGUCAGCAAGUCCUUGAUCCUUCCCCAACCUCCACCUUCCGCGCUGCAGUUGACACGUCAUCGGGCGCCAGCUCAGCGCCGUCCACGUCAGCGGGGUCCACGUCAGCAACGGCGAUAAUUCUCGCCAGCGUGGCGCUGGCGGUCCUGCUGGCAGCAGUCGUGGCAGCAACGAUCCUAGCUGUCAGGGGGGCACGGCACAACAUGCACAGGCAGAGGCUCGCCUCCUCUAUCUCCGUGUAUCCUAGUGGUUCCGUCUCAGCGGCUUUAAGUUCCGGCACGCCCCUUAAAGCCUCGGUUUCAGGGUCGGAGGCUUGGGGUGGAUCGUCAGGAGUGAGGGAGGGAGGAGUGUCGAGGGAUGGGUCUGUUUCUUCUCUGGUUGGGCCGGGCGUGCUUGCUGCUGUUCCUGCUGCUGCUGCUGCUGCUGCUGCUCCUCCUCCUCCUGCUGGGCUGUCAACAGCCCGGGCAGUGGGUAAGUAA